UUUUGUUAUUUACAAAUCAAUUGCGAGCCAAACAAUUAAGGGAACCGUUGUAAGUCUUCAUAGCCCUGAAUGCCGCUUUCUCUCCUUUCUCUCUCUCUCAUGGAUGAACAGAAUCAAGAAGAAACUCAUCAAUCAAAACCCAGAACCACCCUAUUUCUUUCUUGUUUUGGAUUUUCCGGGAAAAUUGAGGUUUCCGAAAAAAAAUCUUCAAAAUUUCACAAGCCUUGGUUUUCACGGUCAACGAUUCUCCGGAAAAAGCCCGGCGCCAAAACCGUCCCUGUCGACUCUACAGAUUCUGAGAAAGUAAUACACAGUAAAAAGACUACUUAUUGCAAAUCAAAGCUCAAGCGGAACUCCGAUCAAAUUACUCCAAAGCGUCAAAAUCCGGCAGUCAACGAUAAGAAUCCAGGAAGAAAACAGCAACCUAAAGAGAAAAUCAUCCUCGAACAUGGGAAACACAUGGACCAUGCGAUGGAUUCUGUAGCAUCUCCGAAAAACCUGUCGUUUCGCCGGAAAAUAGAUGCUAUAAGAACAGGGUCAAGUCAACCCGGUUCACUGGAGGACAAACCCCAGUCCCAUGCAACCGUUGACCGCUCCAUAUCGCUGCCGUCAGCAACUCAUCGGGUAGAAAAAUCGCGGGUCGGUCCAAAAAAACCUCGCAAAGAAAAGUUUGACCCGGUGAUUGGAAUGUCGAUAGUGAUGGUGACCUUGAUAAUAAUGUUGCUAUGGGGUCGGAUGUGUGCUAUUCUUUGUACAUGUGCGUGGUUAUAUUUCGUCCCAAGGUUAAGAACUCAGGAUGAAAUUGGCAAAAACGGUGCCGUUGCUGUCAAACCGGAUUUCAGUUCAGAAGAGCAUAAGAAGAGAGUGGUUAUGGAGGGAUUUCUUGACAGAAACCAUCGGUCUUUGUUGUAAUUUUGUGUUAAAUGGCAUUUUGUGUAAAUUGUUUGUAGAAAUAUGGAUUUGUCAGAAAAUCAAAAUAAAGGAUAAUAGUCAAUUUUCUAGAA